AUGGAAAAAGAAUCAAACGAAGAAAAAAAGAAGGAAACUCAAAAAAACGUAUUUUAUAAUUUUAAUAAUGUAAUAGUAGAUCAAAAUUAUGAUGUAAAUAAAAGAAAUUUGAAUUUUGUAAAUUCUAAAGUGAAUGGAGGUGACAUGGGAAGUUUAAAAACAAAUUCGAAUAUAUUUAAUAAGUCCAAUAAAAUGAAAAAAAAAAAAAAUAAUAAUAAUAUUAAUUCUGAUAAUAAUAAUAAUAAUAAUAAUAAUGAUAAUAAUAAUGAUAAUAAUAGUAAUAUUAAUUAUUAUAACUAUAAAAUGAGGAACAACCAAAAUAUGAACACAUCAUUAUCAAAUAACAGAAGGAAAAAUUAUUAUAAUAUGGCCAAUAUGGGUAAUAGUCAAAAUAAAUAUGAAGUAAAAAAUAAAAGAAUCAAUAAAAAUAAAGCAAAAUUUGGAUCCAAUGUUAAUUCGAAUGUAACACAAAAUAUGAAUACCUACGAAGGAAUAAUAAAUAAUGAGAAUAUGGUUACAUUAAAUAAAGAUGAUUAUAAUUCUAUGAGAAUACCUAAUAAGAAUAAUAAAAAAAAUAUGAAUAAUAAUAGGACUACUUCUUUAAUAGGAGAUGUUAAUAGAAAUAGAUAUAAUAAUAAUAAUAAUAAUAAUAAUAAUAAUAUUAGUUAUAACAAGGAUGAAGGAAUUAAUUAUGACAGUUUAAAUAAAAAUAAGAAAAACAAUAUUAAUAAUGAAGGUCAUGUGAAAUAUUAUCCAAAUUAUAAUAUAAAACAAAAUACAAAUAAUUAUGUAAAACCAAUCAAUAAAUUAAAUUUAACGUAUACUAAUAAAUUGUAUAAAAAUGUAAAUAACAAUAAUGUUAUGAAGAAUAAUAUUAGCACAGAAAUGAAUAAUCCUAAUUUUAAUGAUAUUAAUAAAAAAAAUAAAAAUUAUUUUCAAAAUUCGAAUAAUUUGAAUAAAAUCAAUCCAAUAAAUAUUACAUCGAAUGUCAACAUUAACAAAAAUGUUAAUAUGUCAAUUUUGAAUAUGUCAAACUCGAAUGUGUCAAACUCGAAUGUGUCAAACUCGAAUGUGUCAAACUCGAAUGUGUCAAACUCUAAUAUGUCCAAUUUUAACAUGUCAAACACUUAUGAGCCCUAUUUCAAUAUGACAUAUUCUCAUGUGCCCAAUAUGAAUCAGCCACUUAUUAAAGACAUUUCUCAUAUACAAGAUCUUUGUAAAAACAAUAUUGUUGAUAAGAACGUGCAGAGUAGAAAUAACCAAUCAAAUAAUAAUAUGAAAAGGUUACAGAAUGUGUCCCUUUAUGGAAAAGAUAAUGAUUGUAAAAGAAGAAAAGGUCUAUACAACUUAAAUAAUAAGAACAGUAAUUAUAGUGUUAGUAGUUAUCCUGAUCAGUGUGUUAAGGAAAAUUCUUCGUUAUCAAAAGAAAAGAAUAUAAAUAAUGAUAAAAAGAGUAAUAUGAAUUAUGAUUAUAAAAGGAUGGAAUAUAUUGGAAAUAAUACUUGUGAAGGUUAUUUUAAUACACGUUUAUAUGAGAAAGAACAACAUUAUUUAAGAGUAAUAGAAAGAAAAAUAAAUAAUAUAUGUGAUAUUUUAGAAUAUAUAUUAUAUGUAGAUGAUAAAGAUAGUAUUGAUUUGUUAUAUUUCCUUAUAAUUUUAUUAGAACGAAUUAAAAAGAUAUUAAGUCAUUUAAAAAAUCCAUAUAUGAAUUAUGAUAUAUUUAGCAUUAUAUUAAAUUUAUAUUCAUGUUUAUGUGUGAAGUUAUUUUCAGAAAAUAAUAUUUUAGUUAUAAUGAAUUUAAAAUGUUUUGUAUUAAUGUUUGAAAUAUUGAAUUUAAUGGAUAUGCAAUCUUUUAAUUUGUCAUAUGUACUUUUUUUAUAUGUUAAUUAUUUAAAGAAUAAUAAAAAUGGAAUAGAUAUAUUAGAAAAAAAGAACAAUAUAAAAUAUAAAAAACAGGUUGUAGAAAAUGACAAGAAAAUGUAUAAAAAAUUGUUAAAUUCCUUUUUAAAUAUAUUUUCAUAUUGUUCCGAAAAUACUAAUGUUUUAGUUCGUGUUCAAGCAAUUAAAUCACUUUAUUAUGUGUUAAGAUUUUUAUACGAUAAAAAGAAAUAUAAAUAUAAUGGAGAAGAUACUAUAAACAAGGAAGAUAUAAAUACGCAAUGUAAUACAUAUGAUGAAAAUUUGAAGCAAGGAACCAUAUUUCUUUUUGAAGAAAAUUUAAUUAAAGUAUCAUUAUCUAUAAAAAAAGUGAGCAUUAUAAAAGGAUUUGUUAAUAGUAGAAUGAUUUAUUUACAAAAAUUUAAUUCUAAUUUUUUUGAAGAUAAUUUUGAUUUGAUAGAUAUGAAAAAUAAGAAUAAUGAUAAGGAGAAAAAUGAUAUAAUUAAAAAUGGCGACAAUAUAAAUGUUCAUCGUAUGAAUGUUAAAAAUGAGGGAGAUAGGAAUUAUAAGGACACAUCAAUAUAUAAAAAUAAAAUGAAUAGGAUGGAUAAUAUGAAUAAUAUGAAUAAUAUGAAUAAUAUGAAUAAUAUAAAUACGACGAAUAAUAUGAAUAAUAUAAAUAAUAUAAAUACGACGAAUAAUGUGGAUAAUAUAAAUACCACGAAUAAUGUGGAUAAUAUAAAUACCACGAAUAAUGUGGAUAAUAUAAAUACGACGAAUAAUUUGAAUAAUGUGAAUAAUUUGAAUAAUUUGAACAAUAUUAACAAUAGUAAUAUUACAAGUAAUAUAAAUAAGAAGAAGAAAUAUGACGAAAGUGAAAAUAGUUUACAUAAUAUUCUUCUAUUAAAAAAUUUUGAAACAGUUUUUAAUUGUGUACCGAAUGAUGGUUGGAUAACAAACAAAAUAGAUGAUGAAGAUGAAAAUAUGUUACUUUAUAUUUUACACAUUUUUGAAUUAUUUGUUGAAAUAUAUGAAGAUAAAGAAAUUAAUGAAAUAAUAAUAAAAAAUAUUGUUUUUUUUUUAAAUCAUACUGAUUUAAAAAUUUUUAGUAUUGUAACACGUAUUAUUAUAAAAACCUCUCAAAUAAAUCCGAUUAAUAGAAUAUUUUUUAAUAAAUAUAUAUCUGUUUUAAUGAAAAAUUUUGAUAAGGAUAGAAGAAGAAAUAUAUUUCUAAUGUUAUCGUAUUGUAAAUAUGAAAAAAGUGGUAUUGAGGUAUUAUUAGGGAUAUUAACGAAUUUAUGUCUGUAUGAUUUUAAUUAUAAAACAAAUACAUAUUACCUUGAGGAAGAGACUGAAGAAAAUGAUUUCAAUAUAGAACAAAUAAGAACUUUAAGACGUUUGAAAAAUAGAAGAUAUAAGAAGAGCUUAAUAAAUAGUGAUAAUAUAAAAAAUACAAAUGUACAAAAUGAUAUAGAAACUUAUAGUAAUGCUUCAGAAGAUGAAGUUUAUUUAAUUGAUAAGAAAAUAUAUAAUAUAGAAGAAUGGUAUUAUAUAUAUCCUAUAAUUAUUAUAUUAUCAUUGAAUUAUUCUAAAUAUAUACAAUCAUUUUUUUUUAAUAAAUUUAAUAAAACUUAUAUACAGAAUUAUUAUAAUAUUACUCCAUAUUUUAAUAUAUUUGAUUGGUCAAAUAAAUUUUGUUAUUAUCUUUCAAAACAUAUCUUUACAUCCCAUAUUGAAAAGUUAUCAUGUUUUAUUGAGCAAGGUUUGGAUAUAUUUCACUUAUUAGAUUCUACAUUAUUUUAUAGUAAGUUACAAAAUUAUAGGAAUAGCUAUAAGUUAUUUUUAUAUCAUAAGAAUGAAUAUAAUGCUAUAGAUAAUAAUAAUAAUAAUAAUUAUAAUAAUUAUAAUAAUAAUAAUAAUAAUAAUAAUCAUAAUAAUAAUAAUAAUAAUUAUUAUUAUGCAGAUAAUGUAAGGAAAAUAGAAUGUGCUAAAAAUUUUAUGGCGACAGAAAAAAGUUCAAAUGAUAUAUCCUUGGAUUUACUAUUUUAUCGAACUUAUGCAUUUUUAGAAUAUCCAAAUUAUGUUAAAUUAAAUUUAAGUUAUAAAGAAAAUUGCUAUAUUUAUAUAUAUAUGUUAUCACUUUUAAAUUUCUUUUUUAAUAAAGAAAUGAAUAUAUUUGAAGAGAAUUGUUUUUUCCUUAAACGAAAGAUUUGGAAAUUAUUACAUGACCAAACGAAUUUAAAAAGUAAUAGUUUUUUAGAUUAUUUAGGUAUAUUUAAAGAUAUUAAUUUUAUUCGUAUACAUGAUACAAAAUAUCUGACGAAAUUAUUUGAUUUUAUUAAUUCUAAUAAUAUCACACAUUUAAAUAGAAAAGAUCAAAGUGGUCUUGAUAGAAAUUGUAAGAAUAAUGAAAUGUUAUUUAGUAAUAUUACAUAUGAUGAUGGUGAUUUAUUAUAUUGUGAUAAUUAUAAGAAAGAAAGUGAACAUAAAAGAAUGUCAUAUGUGGAAAAAUUAUUAUUAUCUUUUAUUAUAAAUAAAGAGAAUACUAAAAAGUUGAAAAAUGUAUUGCAUUAUGAUUAUAAAGAUACAGGAAAUCAUAGUAUAAAUAAUAAAAGUGUGAAAAAUCAUAUGAAUAUAUUGGAAAAAAAGAAAAUACGAAAGCUUAUAUAUUUUGAAGAAUCUUAUAUGAAAUAUAAUGAAAAUAUAUGUGAUAUAAUAAAUCACUAUAUUAUUAGUAAAAUAUAUUAUAUUUUAUAUUUAAAAAAUUUUUUUUUCGAAGAAAAAAGUAUGAAAAUAAUAAAUGCAGAUACGUUUUUUUCGAAUUAUUUGUGUAAAGAUUUAUUAAUUGAAUUAAUAUUGGUUCCUAUGUUAUAUAGAAGUAAUACAACGAUUGAACUGUUUUAUACAUAUCCAAUAAAAGAUAUGAUAACAAAAUCUUACUUUGCUAAUAUGUCUAGAAAGUACUUUGGGAGAACAUCAGCAAAUACAUGUUCAUUAGGAAGAAUAAAUAAUUGUACUAUUAUUAAUAAUGAGAAAGAAUUAUUUAAUGAUACCAUACAUUGUGUAUAUGACCCUAGUGGCGUAAGGAGUGAAAAUGAUAAUAUUGAUAUGAAUCAAAUUUAUAGAAUACAAAAUGAAGAAAAUAAAAGUAGUAUUACAUCUAUUAGUGAUUUUAAUGCAAAUUCAAGAGAAGAAAAUGGUGUUUUAAGAACAGCUCAAAAUGAUGGUGGUUUAUAUAAAAAUAAAGUGAGGGAUAUAAAAAUAUUAAAUAAUCAAAAGAAUACUGUGUAUGGUCUGUUACCAAGCGCUGAGGAAAAUAUUAAUUAUGUUAAACACGAUAGAGAAAGGAAUAGAAAAAGUAAUUUUCCUAUAUGUUUAGAAAAAGAUUCGCACAUAAAAUUUUUAGAGGUGAAAAUAAAAAUUAAGAAUAAUAAUAUGGGGGAUAUGGAGACAAUGAAUAUUAUAAACAAUAUGAAAGAAAAGAAAAAGAAAAACAAGAAUAAAAAAUAUGAAGAAGGUUUCAUUGAAUAUGAAGAAAAUAUGCAAAAUAAAUUUGAUAUAUAUUUUUAUCAUAAAAGACUUAUUAAUAUAAAUCAUCAAAUAAAUAAAAAUUUAAUAAAAACAUAUUAUUUGUUUUAUAGAAAUUAUAAUUAUUCCUUAAAUAUGUCAGAGAUCUUACAUAUUAUAUUAAAUAAAGUAUAUGAAGAAAAUGAUAUAUUAUAUAACAAGUUAAAACAUUUUGUUUUGAAUUUUUCAUUUGAUUAUCAUGGUAAUGAUACAAAGAUGAGUUCCAAAUUUUUUCAUGACAUUUUUUAUAAUAAAAAAUUAAGUAAAAGAAAUAAUAAAUUAGAAAAAAUAAAUAAAUAUUUAUCACAAAAUAGAAAUGGACAUGAAUAUAGUAAUUUAAUUUUUGAAUUACAUAAACUAGGUAUUAACAAGGAUGAUCAUAAAAAGAGUGUAUAUUCUAUAAAUGUUUGUAUAAAUAAAAUCUUGAAACUUAUUAUAAAAUAUUUACAAAAUGAAGAUUAUAUAAAUUAUGAAAAGUGUAUAAAUUUUCCUUAUUUAUUCUUAUCUAUACUUAAUAUAAAAAUAAAGUUAUCUUAUGAAAUAAUAUUAUAUGAUUUAUUUGAUAAUGAAGAUAAGGAUUUUAAUACAUUAUUAAAAAAGCUACCAAUAUAUAUCAAUUAUUUAUUCCACAAUUUAUAUGUAUAUAUUGAAUAUGAGGAUAUGUUUAUAAUAAAAGAAGAAGAAAGCAAAAAUGAAAAGGAAAAGGAAAAGAAAAAUGAAAAGAAAAAGAAAAAGAAACAUAAUUAUAAUUAUCAUCAAUAUGAUAUAUUAUAUAAUAGGAAGGACCAUUUAUGUAAAAAAAGUAAUAUGUUGUUACCAUCUCAAAAUAAUAAUAAUUUGUUAAUGUAUAAUUUUAUGGUUGAAAAUAUAUUAUCAGAAGAUUAUUCUCUUACACAUCUAAAAAGCUUAAACAAAACUAAAAAAACCGAAACCAAAAAUUCGUUAUUUGCAGGUAGAAAAAAAAGUAAGGGGACGAGUCAAAAUAUCAAAGUUGAUUCUGAAUUUCAUUUAGAUGAAAAAUAUUUAAAAGAAAAUAUUAUUCAUAAAAAUAAAAAAGAAAUAACAAAUCAAACAAAUAAAGAUAUGCAACAUUUUAUAAAUAAAUCACAUAGUAUGAAGAUAUAUACAAAUGAAUGGUACAUAACUAGUUGUAUGCCAUUAUGUAGGACUCAAGAUAAUAAUUCGAAUACUUAUAGAUAUAUUAUAAAAAUGGAAUGUAAAAAAAAUGUGGCAAAUAAUUUUAAUUUUUCUUCUACUCUGCCUAUUAAAUGUAAUAUUAAUCUAUUUUAUUAUUAUAUGGAAAAUGAUAUGUUCUAUUUCAUACCGCUCUCGAAAAGGAAAAACGUGUACCUACAUCCACUCCGUCAAUAA